GACGCGGCAGCCGGAGCGCGCGAGGCGAGUAGGACCCGGGUUCGGGUCGGGGUUCGAGUCCGAAUCGAGGGGAUGAACCUCCAGACAGGUGGAAAGCCAAAUUUCCUACCAUCAGUGACCAUGUGUUCCAGGUGUUGCAAGACAGAGAAGUGAGGACAGAGACGUGGAGAGACAGGGAGAGGGAAGUGGAGAGAGUCGCAGAGAGACAGAGGUGUGGAGAGACGCAGACGUGGAGAGACGCAGAGAGACCAGGAUGAGAGAGAGAAAGCAAGACGCUAAGCAAGAGACACCCAGGGUGUGAGACAAGGACAAGCUCGGCAGCCCCUGAAGCCCCAGCCCUGCCUUCAUGCCCGGCAGGUGCCCCACCUGGUGCAUCCUCCCAGAUCCUUCCUGACUGCGGCCUCCAUCGCCCCCUCUCUCCAGGUAAACCUCAGCCUGUGCUGCAGGCGGUCUGACUCAGGGUCUCCCAGUGACUCUUGAGGAGCAUCUGCAGACCAGAGGAUGGCGCAAGUCCUGCACGUGCCAGCCGCCUUCCCAGGGACUCCCGGCCCAGCCUCCCAGUCUGCCUUCCCUGCCAAGGAGACAGACCCACCCUACUCCGUGGAGACGCCCUAUGGCUACCGCCUGGACCUGGACUUUCUCAAGUAUGUGGACGACAUUGAGAAGGGCCACACGCUACGGCGAGUGGCCGUGCAGCGCAGGCCCCGCCUUGGCUCGCUGCCCCGAGGCCCUGGCUCCUGGUGGACGUCCACCGAGUCGCUGUGUUCCAACGCCAGUGGGGACAGCCGCCACUCGGCCUACUCCUACUGCGGCCGAGGCUUCUACCCUCAGUAUGGCGCCCUGGAGGCCCGCGGUGGCUUCAAUCCCCGUGUGGAGCGCACGCUGCUGGAUGCCCGGCGCCGCCUGGAGGAUCAGGCUGCUGCACCCACUGGCUUGGGCUCCCUGACACCCAGCGCCGCCGGUUCAACAAGCUCGUUGGUGGGCGUGGGGCUGCCACCCCCUACGCCACGGGGCUCAGGACUGUCCACCCCCGUGGCACCCAGCGCCGGGCACCUGGCCCAUGUGCGAGAGCAGAUGGCAGGUGCUCUGCGGAAGCUGCGGCAGCUGGAGGAGCAGGUGAAGCUGAUUCCCGUGCUCCAGGUGAAGCUUUCGGUGCUGCAGGAGGAAAAGCGGCAGCUCACGGUGCAGCUUAAGAGCCAGAAAUUCCUGGGCCACCCUGCCGGGGCCCGGGGCCGCAGCGAGCUCUGCCUGGACCUCCCUGAGCCCCCUGAGGACCCAGUGGCUCUUGAGACUCGGAGCGUGGGCACCUGGGUCCGAGAGCGAGACUUGGGCAUGCCUGAUGGGGAGGCAGCCCUUGCCGCCAAGGUUGCUGUGCUGGAGACCCAGCUCAAGAAAGCGCUCCAGGAGCUGCAGGCAGCUCAGGCCCGGCAGGCUGACCCCCAGCCUCAGGCCUGGCCACCUCCAGACAGUCCAGUCCGCGUGGACACCGUCCGGGUGGUGGAGGGGCCGCGGGAGGUGGAGGUGGCAGCCAGCACAGCCGCUGGGGCCCCUGCGCAGCGGGCCCAGAGCCUGGAGCCCUACGGGGCAGGGCUGCGGGCCCUAGUGACAUCUGGAGAGGCCGAGAGCCCCCCUGUUUUCCGCAGCCAUGAGGUGGUGGAGACAGUGUUCCCCGCGCCCACUGCAUCCACUGGCAACAUCCAUCUGGUGAAGAAGAUCAGCAUUACAGAACGAAGCUGCGAUGGGGCAGCAGGUCUCCCACAGGUUCCUGCAGAGUCAUCCUUAGCACCUCCAGGGUCCACAGCAGCCUCUUUGGCACAGCCUAAGAAGGACACAGGCCAGGUGCCCACCCUUGAUGCCAUCAACAGGGAGCCCACCAGGCAAGCAGCCUCACGUGAGUCAGAGGAGGCCAAAGGCGCAGGCGGGCUCCAGGCAAGCAUACGGUCCAUCAUGAAGCGGAAAGAGGGGCCUGCAGACUCCGAGGCCCACCGGAGGAGCCUCCAGUUCGUGGGGGUCAAUGGCGGAUACGAGUCCUCAUCUGAGGACUCCAGCACAGCGGAGAACUUCUCGGACAAUGAGAGCACAGAGAACGAGGCCCCCGAACCUGGGGAGAGGGUACCGAGUGUGGCUGAAGCCCCCCAGCUCAGGCCCACAGGGACGGCAGUGGCCAGAACCAGCCGGGAGGAGUGCCAGCUAUCUCGGGAGUCUCAGUAUGUGCCCACAGCUGAGGAGGCAUCACAAUCAAGUGCGGAGAAGGAGAUCCGGAUGGAGCUAAGCCCCGACCUCAUCUCAGCCUGCUUGGCCCUGGAAAAGUACCUGGACAACCCCAUCGCCCUCACUGAGCGCGAGCUGAAAGUGGCCUAUACCACGGUGCUGCAGGAGUGGCUGCGCCUGGCCUGUCGCAGUGACGCCCACCCUGAGCUUGUGCGGCGCCACCUGGUCACAUUCCGGGCUAUGUCAGCGCGGCUGCUGGACUAUGUAGUCAACAUCGCCGACAGCAAUGGCAACACGGCGCUGCACUACUCUGUAUCCCACGCCAACUUCCCUGUGGUGCGGCAGCUGCUGGACAGUGGUGUCUGCCAGGUGGACAAGCAGAACCGUGCUGGCUACAGUCCCAUCAUGCUUACUGCCCUGGCCACCCUGAAGACCCAGGAUGACAUAGAGACUGUCCUGCAGCUCUUUCAGCUCGGAGACGUCAACGCCAAAGCCAGCCAGGCAGGGCAGACAGCCCUGAUGCUGGCAGUCAGCCACGGGCGGGUGGACGUGGUCAGAGCUCUGCUGGCCUGUGAGGCAGACGUCAACGUACAAGAUGAUGACGGCUCCACGGCCCUCAUGUGCGCCUGUGAGCACGGCCACAAGGAGAUCACGGGGCUGCUGCUGGCCGUGCCCAGCUGUGACAUCUCACUCACUGACCGCGACGGGAGCACAGCUUUGAUGGUGGCCUUGGAUGCGGGGCAGAGUGAAAUUGCGUCCAUGCUGUACUCGCACAUGAACAUCAAGUGCUCGUUUGCCCCGAUGUCAGAUGACGAAAGUCCUGCUUCAUCCUCCGCAGAAGAGUAGCGGUGAGAGGGGACCAGAGGCUCCUCCCGUCGGGGGCCGGCUGGCCCCAGACUAAGCCGCUCCCCCUCCCUUGUCCCUUGUGCCUCAUCUCCUCCCUGGCCAGCCCCCUCUCAUACCCACCAAGGUCCAAGUCUCAAAGGCAAGUGGGUUUUUCUUGUGCUUCCCAGGAGGAGCCCCCAACAGUGACUGCAGCUUAAAGCGGGGUUUUCCUGGUACCCCAGUUCAAAGCAGCCACAGUGCAGACCGAAGCUACAUUCUCGUAUAAAUUGGCACCAGUGGCUGACACUGGGAUUUGGGUUUAUGAAGAACCCUGAGAACAAUCAGCUGGCAAUGAUGGAUGGAGGAGGGUGAAAGGAAAAAAAUACUGUGUUUUUCAAUCGUUGUCGGGGUUGGGGAGACAUAUUAACUUGUUGCCAAAUUUGAAAGUCACUGGAAUUGCAUAUUUUCAUUUUAAUCCUGAAUGUUAUUGUGCACGGGUGGCAUCUGAAGUGGCUUAACACUCCCCAUGCCCCCCGCAUUUAAUUGUCUGGUGUAUAAUAGCAUUUUGUCCACUCCCCCCCAGACAGCUUUCUUGGGGGGAUUUUCUUCUGGUCUCUUCACAAAAUGGAUUCUGUCCUUGUCACCUGGGGAAGGAAAUUCAGUCCUUUCUUCUGCUUUCUCGCUGCCACUGCCAGUGUCGCCCCCAUUCAGUUGGCGGGGGGCUCAGGACCCAGCAGCUGAGAUAAGUGGAAGUUCAUAUCGAGAAGUUACCCCGCAAUCUGACCCCUCCCCACAUGGAGGCCCCGGCAAAUAUUUUCUUAGAAAAUCCCUCAGACCUGAAGACGCAGGAAAUGAACCUAAUUCCCAGUGUGGCUGCUGAGUACCUGGGCUUAGAACCUUGGUUACAGGCCGGCCUCCUCCUCCCUAGACUCCGGAUUUUCUCUCCUCAGAGGAAAGAAAACAGGGCAUGUGCUUGUUGGCAGAGCAUAGGGCAGGCUCCAGAAACCCCAUGUGUGCACGAUUAAAAGUUGGCUGCCCCCGGAGGGCUCCCAGCACAAACUUAAAGAGACAGGGCUUUGCCGAAAACCAAACAAGGGCCAGCUGGGUUUUUUAACAACCUACAGGCUUUCCGGAGCUGCCUGGAACGCAGCCUGCUGGAAAUGGGGCUCGCCAGCCAGACACAUGCAGUUUCCUUUAUGGCCUGUUUUGUCCCCAGAAUCUCAAUAUGGUUUUCUUUCCUGUUCCUACCUUUUGUGAACCAAAGAAAGAAAAGGGACAUGUUCCGAGCCUUGAAAAGUGCCUUGUGACGGGAAUAAGACCCUUAGCUAAUAGGUGUCCUGUCCAGUUCUCAGCUCAGCCACCAGGGUUGGAGCCAGACAACAGGAGGACAGAUCAGGCCUUGAGUGCUCAUCCAUUCAGUCAAUAAAGUGAAAUGCUGGCUUCUCUCCUAGAGAAGUGAGUUUCUUGGCUUGAUGGAGUCUGGCUUGCUUUGAUUUUGAUUGAAGGGAUCAAAAUCUUCUAGAUUUUGUACCUAAGACAAAAGAGUUUGGAUGGUCAAAGGAGGGAGGCACCCCAGAUUGUGUGUGAAGUGUGUGUGUGUGUGUGUGUGUGUGUGGGUGGGUGGGUGUGGGUGUGUGUGUGGAAGACAAAACAAAUCCCAAGCUGCUUGAGGCUGACCGCUGGUAUCUGUUGGAAGACUAUACGCAGCUUUGAGAAGCAGUACAGAGUUGUGUGCCUGUGUCCUGGCCUGGAGCCAAUGGGUGUGUUUAUUUUAAGCUUCUAGAAGCAGCUUAUUGACCCCCCACACACAUACACCCAGAUAAAUCCAUAUUUGUCCCUUUAUUCCUAUUACCCCCGGUACCCAUCGUAGGCUACAGGGGGUCCUGCCUCUGUCCCCACUCUCUUCUCACAUGUAUUCAUGACCUUUAACUUCACUAUGCAACCACGGUACGUCCAUAAAGACAGUAUUACACUUAAAUGAAGUAUUCCUUUUUGUAAUCGUUUUUUAGAAAGUAAAGGAAUUUAAUAAAGCUACCUUAUGAUAAUGUUGA